AGCGAGCGGCGCCAUGUUGUGCGUGCCUCACUCGGUGCCGGGCCUGCAGGGGGAACUUUAUUCUGCAGUACUCUUGUUCCUGGUGAUUGGCGCGGGGGGACGCUUUCUGUUGCACCGCUAAGAUGGAGCCCGAAAGCCUUCUCGAAGCUCUGGCAGAUUUCGAGAAGAAGUCCAAGAAGGAAGUGUCGUCGCAAUUGGACCAGUUCCUUUGUCAUGUCGCAAAGACUGGAGAAACCCUGAUUCCUUGGUCACAGUUUAAAUGCUACUUUGUAUUCAAAUUGGAAAAAGUCAUGGAUGACUUCAGAGCUUCAGCUCCUGAACCUAGAGCUCCACCUAAUCCGAACGUGGAAUACGUCCCGUAUGAUGAAAUGAAGGAACGGAUUCUUAGAAUUGUUAAUGGUUUCACAGGUAUUCCCUUCACAAUCCAGCGUCUAUGUGAGCUGCUUACUGAUCCUAAGAAGAAUUACACUGGGACAGACAAAUUUCUCAGAGGAAUUGAAAAGAACGUUAUGGUUGUCAGCUGUGUGUAUCCUUCAACAGAGAAGUACAACUUUGGCUCAAAUAGUUUGAAUCGAGUGAAUGGCAUCAUGCUGUCAGGAAGCCAUACUGCUUAUACAGAUAGAUCUAAUAUCAAUGGUCCUGGCACCCCAAGACCCCUGGGCCGAUCAAAAGUUUCGUUAUCAAGUUCUUUAACAACAAACGGUUUGCUGAACAGUUCUGACAGGGAAUUAAAUGUGCAACAAACAGAAGACAAAUCUCAUAGUGAUUCCCCCACAUCCCAUGGAGAAGACAUGCAGAGUAGCUGUUCAAAAAAUAAACACUUGGAGGAUACAAUGGAAGCUGAGGCUCCUGAAGUGAAACGACUGAAAUUUGACAAGGAAAAUGAGGGAGAUGAGUCCAUACAUUCUGAGGGUUCUUCAGAAAUGCCCGAAGAAAGUGAGAAAACGAGAAAACAGGAAGAAGCCAAAGAUGCCAGUGAAUGGACUGAUCCAGCUAAUGUAGAUAAAAAUGAACCUUCAAGUGCAAAAGCGAAAGCCUUGCUUGAAUCUGAUCAAGAGAAAGUUGAUGGUUCAUUUAAAAAUAUCAAGACUUCAGAUGAAAAUCAAAUGGACCAAUCAGACCUAACCAAGACAUUAACUUACAAAGGAAGUGAAAUCAGUGAAAAUACUGAAACUGUUAGUAACAGUGUGGACUGCAGCACUGCAGGAAAACCAGAUACUCCACCGGAAACUCCAGAAAUGCCUUCUGAGAGCCCAAUGGAGAACAGUGCGGAUGUUACAGAAGAACCAAUGGAACAGGACUAAGAAUAGAGAUUAUCUGUGCUGUAUUUUCCAUGAGGUGUUGAUUUUACACUGUAUAAAUUUUAUGUAAUAAAGUGGACCUUUGUUUUGCAGACGAGGAGGGAUAAACCUUGGCUGAUCCCAGGAAGAGCUGUGCUAGAUGAGAACUGUGAAACCAGCUUCUUUAUAUCUCAUCUACUGCUCCCAUCAUUUUUUGUUUUGUUUGGUCAAAUCAGUGGGUUAAGAAUAGAUUUUUAUUUAGAGGAAGUUCUUAACUGGAAAGUAGAAGUAUAAAUUGUCAAUUUGUUUUGCAGUUAAUUGGACUAGGCCAUUUACCAUAAUUUUUGUUAGUUUUUUUAAACUUUCAAAAUUUAAUUAUAUAGUCAUUGUUUCAACUUUUAAUACAUAUUCUUAAAACACUGCUGAAACCGAAGGUUACAACACAUUCCAGGAAAAACUAAAUUAUACAUCAUUUUACUUCUGAUCCUGCAUUGAUGGGAUUGAUUAAUCAAAAAGGGAGUAUGUGGUUCACAUAAAUGUGAAACAAAAGCUUCAGAGUUGUUUCAAGAUCAUUUUGUUUUGGUUGCAAAAUAAAUGCUUUUUUAUUCACUGUUCAAGCUGCAAAAGGUGGGAAGUAGUUGCUCAAUUUAUGCUCAGUGGUUAGAACAUUGUGAAUAUUUGACUACGAUCAUUUCAGUUAAAAUACUUGUAGCAUGCAGGCAGCAAUGUUACACUUAUACCACUGACUGCAUUGAAGAGCUACAGCAAUUAACCUGUUAAUUUGGUAUUGUGCCAGAUCUUGUAUACUGGUAAUACAAUUUUAGGAGGUGCAUUGAACCACCAUGAUUUGUACAAAAUUUUGAAGUGAAAGAUAUUUUUGAACAUGCUACUACAUAUUGACAGCCAGUGAUUGUACCUCUUUGGAGAUGAGAACUCAAAGCACAAACGAUAACCUGUACUUGUGAUGUUUUCUGAUUUCCAGCUUGUAUAUUCAAAAUCCUUCAACUAACUUUCACAAUUACUGGCUGUCAAGUUUGUACUUGUUUCUGGCAACUGUACUUUUUGAUAUUUAGAAUUUUUAAAUUUCUGUAAGUAGAUUUUGUAGAUUGUAAUUGUUCACUGCCUUUGUGACACGUUAUAUAAUUGUAUAAUUUGUGUGUAAACUGAAUGCUAUGGCUUUCAAUACAGUAUUCAUAUAAAGCAAUAAAUGUUAUAUCUGGACACAAUCUGGAGAUACACUCCAGUUCCCGUUGAUAAAAUUUGCACAGGUUUACCAGAGACCAUAAUGACUGCACGUAACUGGCAAUCGACAAGAUUGGCAGUUUUGUCUUUUCCUGUGAAUGUAGUAUUUUGCACUUGUUAAAGUGAAUAUUCUAAAGAUAUAGUUUUGUGGGAUCUUAAAUUAAUUUUCUUAUGAGAGAAUUAACAGUCUUCAUCCUAAGUGGUAUGUAAAAUUUUACAGGAUGCAUAAGCGCUGUAACAUUGUUUCUCUUCAGUGCUGUGGUUGCAAAGGAUAUGCAUCUUAAGUUGCUAAUUAAACAAUAGUUUCACAAGUUUUUUACCAA